AUGGCUGCAUCUCACACCUCGCCGUCGUCCCCCAAUACAGGCGACGGUGACCUGGGCUUGUUUGCCAUGGAGUCCCGCUCGUCGUCCACUUCGUUCGACGUCGCUCGCGAAGCCCGUGCACUGGCCCUCAACACCGAAUUGACCAGUAUUCCCACACAUCCGAGCUCCCCAGCCGCCGAUUCAGUCUACAACGAAGCAACUUUGCCGCCUUUCCAGGCUUCGGCGGGACCCUUUAACAACGGCGCACCCGGCAUUUCCACAUCCGGGAGCGUGGGAAUGCGCUUGAACAGCAGUGUAUCAACGUCAGUUUCACCGUCCAGUCUGACCUCAUCUCCUUCCAUUUCAUCUCGGCUUGGCGCCAUGUCGCUUCAAGACGAACUGUCACUACUAGCCACUACAUCCGAGACUGCCGCUGGCUCGUCCACCACUUCACCGACUUCACCGGCUUCAGCUUCGUCGAGCUCGACUCGCGACGUCUCUCACAACCCAUCUCACAGCAAUUCCUCGAGCUCCGCCUACACGUCCGCUACCGAGAGCCCGGCUUCUGACCGCGUCCCGCCCAAUCUACCUUCUCCCUCUUCGGUCCCGUUCGAGACGACGCCUGCACCGUCAGUGCCGACACAAUCGCCCGGGCUUCCAUCCUCUUCCGUCUCGCAACGAAGCAUCGCUUCCACAAGCACCAUCACGCAUGCACGAAUCCCAACGCUGCGCUCCCUCUCUGGCGUUUCAGCUGACAAGCAGGCGAUGAGCGUAGAGCAGGAGCUCGACGCCAGCACCGCCGAUUGGGAUUCUGCUUCGGUAGCAGGUACCGAUUCGGAUCACCAUCUGAAGAACAACAGUGCAGCGCUCUCAAGGCGCUCCUCUCGUCGCAGUCGUAGAUCAGGCGUACCGGCAUUGUCAGACCGCCUGCCCGUAGGAGCGGGUGGACCGCAAGCACCCCCGCGCAAUACUUCGUUUCGCGACGCCUCCAAACGCCUCUCUACUGGCCAAGCGCACGGCGAUCUGGGCGUCGAUGCUUAUUCUCACUCUGGCGUAGGGCCCUCCUCUCCUUCGAUGACGAGUUUCCUUGAUCUAGAUUCGCCCAGAACGUCCGAGUCGAGCACCACCGGUAGAUGUCCCGUUCCUAGCAGACGAACCUCUCUGCGUGCUUCAUCUCCCAAGACAGCCACGUUUCCCCUCGACGCUCUCGGCUCUGCGACCGGAACCUCGAAAAGUAGUAGCACGGCUGCUGCCUCGGCUGCCCAUCCGUAUGCUGGCAUGGGCUCAUCAAGACCUAAAUCGCGGCCCACCUCAACCGGUGACAAAGCAGCACUGUCGAGCGCAGCGUCAUCGGCCAAAGCACAGUCGGCGUCAAAGACAGCUUCGGCAACCACGCCAAUCAGCACACUCAGUUUCGAUCGCGAAGCCAUGCAGCGCUGGGUGCUUUCGGUCGGGUGUGUCAACUUUGACCUCGAGCUGGGUCCGGAUCUCGAGUUUCUCUAUCCUCCUCUGGGCAUCAGCCGUGAAGAGCGAGACAACAUCGCCUUCUCGUCGUUCCCUGACACGUCGAUCUUUGACGACGGCUCGCUCGUCUUUUCGUGGCGAGUGCGUGAGGUGCCGUUGGAUUCGUCGACAUCCGAACCGCCCACCAUCAAGAGCCUCAACGAUGCGCUUCAGCAACCGUCUUCGCUGGCUGAUGAAGAGACACCGAGGCCAUCGAUGAACAAGGCAGCUCUGCAGAAUGCCAUGGCGAUUGCUCAGAAGAAAAAGGCGUCGGGGGCAGCGCAGGAUGCGUCUUUGCCGACGAGCCCUAUCUCGCCUUCUACGUCUGGAUACAGAGACUCGUCCGCUUCGUCGGCGGCCAGCUCGCAGUCGCUUUCCAGACAAGCCUCGGACGCGAACCUUCGUAACGCAGGGAUGGCGACACUGCCUGCUACGCCUUCUUUCCAUGAAAGGCUCACCCAAAAGCUCUUUUCUUCUUCGGGCCCGUCUUCGAUGGCAAGACACUUUUCACACGACAGACGCAGCAGCUCGCAUUCGACCAGUUCUGCUUCCGCUUCUGUUGACGACGAGGCCGAUGCUGCCACUGGCUCUACUAUUGCGACUGCUUCAUCUGGGUCCAACGCGUCGCCGAGCGCCAGCUAUAUCACCACGAGCAACAGCUCAUCUACAACGUCCAGCGACAUCAACAGCACGAAGCGUGCAGCAGCAGCAGCAGCAGGCAACAGCACGAGCAGCAGCUACAUCUACGGAUACGUGUUCUUCCGUCAAAAGCGCGACCCGACCAACCGACGUGGUUAUUUUCAAAAGUCAGUCGUCAUCUUGUCGCACUUACCGUUGGUGGGACUGUUCAGCGAAGUCGUCGCGCGUCUAGGUCCCCUGUACUUCGAGCACGGCAUGUCGAUGUUCGAAGCGUUUGCCAACGACAUUAUGUCCUGGCCGCCGCCGCAGCCAGGGACGAUUUUGACCCUGCCGCUGCUAGGCAGCAUUCUUACCGCAGCGAUACCAUUUGGACAGCAGCCGCAGAACUCACCGAAUGCGGUCGAGUCAACGCCGAUGCUGACAAGCUUGUCCGGGUCGAGCACGCAUUCGUCGGGGGGUGGCGGGUUUAGAACUGCAACGAUGACGAUCCGGUCGCGGUCGCGGCAGGCCAGUUCGAAUGGUGGCGCCGGGAACAGCCGAGAGCUGCCCGAACCGCUGAUUGGGCCGGAAGGGCCGCUUCUCGCUUCCAUCCCGGCGACGUCGCUGUUCGAGACAUUCAAAGAAGCACUCGCCGAUCUGUGGCUGUUGUGGGAGUGUGUGCUGCUCGCCGAGCCGAUCCUGGUCAUUGCGCCGGAGCCCAAAAUUGCGAGCGAAGCAGUGUGGCACAUGCUGGACCUCAUCCGGCCCAUCCCCUAUGCAGGCGAUUUCAGACCUUACUUCCACAUCCACGAUUAUGACUUUCGCACGCUGGUGACCAAGAACAAGCCGCAGGCGGGCACGCUCAUUGCGUCAACCAACCCGUUCUUCGCCACGGCGUGCGGGCAUUGGCCGCACGUGUUGCGGGUGGGCAAAGCUGCGGUAAAGCUGAUCACGAUCAAGCAUGGUACGGGGGGAGGCAGCGGGGGUGGAGGUGGAGGGGGCGCGGGCAAGAAGGGCGGUGUUGUGAUGCAAGGGGGUGGGAUAGGAGGCGGGCAUGGAGCGGGUGGUGGAGGGCCGGAUCAUAUUCCUGGGUUCACGACGAAGCGCAAGAGGCGGAUCAGCAAGGAUCGGCAGCUGCUGAAGCGGUUGCAGGACCUCGCUGCGUCCGCUGCCAAAUCGGGCGGUGGCGACGAAGCCAUCCAGGCAGCGAUCAGCAGCGCCAAUGUGACGAUGAGGCGCUAUUUUGCCGAUCUCACCGAGCGUUUCCUCGCGCCCCUCAACCGGUACGUAGCCUCGCUGGUGCCGGCGUCGUUCGACCUCGGUUCGCCGUCGGAAGUGCCCAAGAUCCGGCCCUUCAACACGACCGAUUUCCUCGCGUCGCUCAAGGCGCACGGCACACCUCUAGCGAUUCGCUCGCGCUCGCUGCCCACGGGUGCGAGUGUGCGCCAGUCGCUGUACCUCGACUUCCUGCGCUGCCCCAACUUCUCGCUCUGGCUGCACUCGCGCGUCGCCGCCGCCGAGGAGGAGCAGCGCCGCCGCUACAUUGCCAGUUUGCUCCAGGGCGACGUCACCGCCUUCGGCCACACCAGAGGCGAGAUCGAGACCAUCGAUCUCUACUCGCGACUGGUCGAGGAGAUCCGGCUGGUGGAUGUGCAGCUCACCAGCCCGACCGAGCCCGGGCCGGGCAGCCGGUGGAGGACCGACAAGCCCACCGCUGGGUCGAAGGCUGCCGACAGCAGCAGCGGCAGUGUCAGUGGGAGUGGGAGGAAUACUCCCACGUUUAGCAGUGCCGGCAGCACGACCGAGAAGCGGCUGCGCGAUCAGAAGCACAAGCUCAUGCUGCAGCUCGAGAAGCUCUGCCAGACGCUCCCGGACGAUCUGCGCUCGAGCUUGAGGCGGCCCGCGUAG